CUUUUCCGCCCUCCUCCGCCCCCUCGCAGCCACACUGACUUGAUCCUUAUCGACCGCACGUCGGGAUCACUGAAGAGGUCGGCAGCGCCCGACAGCAGAUUUUCGGGAAGUGGCGGCCAUACACGGUUUCUCUCCCAUUGUUGCCGGCGCUGUGGAUAGUCGAGGAAGGACCCGUCCUUCCCUGGUGGCAGCAAGUCUCCGCGAACACACUUGUAGCCCCACCCACACAUCGAUAUCCGUCAGCUUGCCAUGGCUGCCCACGACGAACAGAAAAAAGUCAUAGAUAUCAUCGAAGAGAUGAGAGUCGGGCUGAAAAGACGAUCGGCUGCCGAACACAGCCUGGUUUCGCUGAGGGCAGAGAUGCAUAUUUCUUGGCAAACGCCUUGACGACAUCCUCAGUGUUGCUCCACUCAGAGCUGCUGAAGUACCCGCCAAAUUUGCAGCCCAUAGCCUGUUCGUCCCACUUCAACGGUACAAUGAGAGAGUCGGGAAGGACGGUGCCGACCUGCGGCGGAAUUUCGUUAAAAUAGCCGACACCGACGUAGAGUAGGUGUUUCAAUUCGCCUUGUAGCAAUCGCAUGAGCACCGCCGCUGUACAAGGCCCAGCCCACUGGUGUCCAUCCUCCGCAUGAUUGAGCAUCCGCAAGCUGCUGGCAACAGCAUUCAGCCCCUCACAAAACGACUCGUCGACUUUCUCCUUCAGAGCGUCCCAUUGCGCCAGAGACGCGCACAUACCGGCAAGGUAGCAAGGAGGCAAUAAGUGACAGUAGUCAUAUCUCCGAUUGUACGAAGUCCUUUCUUCGUCAAAGACAUUUAACAGUGUCGACCAGUUCCCUAUAUGAGGUCUGGAAUAACCACUGGCUCCCAUUCCUUCCAUAGCCGUCAGUACGACAUCACAUAACACCGCAUCCGCUUCAAAUAUUGUCGAUUGAUCGAUAGAAGAGACCCUACCAACUCUGGCCUCCAGAGAGCCACCGUGCUGACACAUCUCCCACACUAGUCCAGGGGAUCUCCCGGCCCAGCAAAUAGCUCCACGAGUCACAUUCCACUUGAGAGCCUGCUCCAGGUCGUUCUCCUUGAUGAAAGGCAGCUCUGGCCGGAGCAGGUGACGCUUCUGGAGCAUUUCGAGGAGGGAACGACCGUCGCUGACAGUGGUCACAUUGUUCGGCUCGGCGAAGACAAUGUGCCGUUCAACCUCAUUAAGGAACUCGCACCUGAGGUGUGCCCCCACUCUGUCCACCGCUUUAGAGCGCUCGCCGCGCUUCACAGUCGCAAAGCGGUUCAGAUCGUCGAUGAGCAGGACACACGGCUGGCGGUGGUACUUGAGGGUACGAUUGUCCGUUACACACGGCUGGUGAUUCAGCCACUCAUACGCGGUCCGCUCGUUGAUGGAUGCGUGUUCGAGCCACAUCGUAAAGUUGAGCUUGUCCACGUCAACAUUCGCUGCCCGGGCGACCCUUGCUCGCGCAUCGUCGGUCGCCGCCGCCCAUGCCAGCCGCAGAUUGAGUGAGUCGGCCAACGGCGUAGAAGCGCCUUCGGUGUCGACGUCGUAAUCGGUCUCGUCACCAAAAGAGAUAAAUAUAGCAGGGAUGCCCUCCUCUCGCAGCUUCUUAGACAGCUCCUUCAGCAUCCUGCUCUUGCCAGCGCCUUGGAAGCCGACGAAUGACAUUGGCCUCACUCUCUUGCUCGACGAGUCCAUCCUCCCGUACUCGGGCAGCAGCAGCGAAUAGGCCUUGUCGACAUAAUCGCUCCCAAUGAACACCUCAGGCUCUGUCGUCAAGUCCACUUGAGGCAGCGGCACGUCAGCCGUGGGCAACAGAUCAUCCACUGUCAGCCUGACGCGACCUGCAGACGACCACACACACCAGAAACAAAAUGAAUGGUCCUCUCUACGUCAACACUGCGCGCAGUGGGUGAAUGUGGGUGAUGCUCACCUGGGGGCCUUGAGUCAUCAUGCGAAGAAGACAU